AAUGUAGGUAUAGCAAGGCUGUAUGGCAACCAUUUUGAUUAAGGAGUGGCGACUUUAAACUUAACUCUAGAAGGAGCCGGAAGGCAACCAAUCAUUCGUUGUGCUGCUUUUACGUUUGACCGCUUGGAGCAAUUGUAGCUGUUUCAGCUGCUCACCACCUUAAAAUCAAAAUCCUACGCUGGGAUAACUUGAAGCCCUAGGCGAACUCCUUAUUAACGUCUGCUGAAAGCCACGUGACAUUCUCAAUCUUGUUUACUGGUCGUAAAAUCAAGAACCGGUAGCCUUGCGACGCCCUCCGCUGUUCGCCAUCUUAACAUCGGGCACUGUUGUCAGCAAUCGACUGUAGUGAAGCCUCUGGCGGCCUUCUUGGUUGAGGGCGGAAGCGAGGAAUCUGUUGGGCCAGCGCGGUCCGCCUGGCUUCGUACACUCACGUGGAAGCGGUGCUCGUAAUGCUUCGCCGGGAGGCGCGCCUGCGGCGCGAGUACCUGUACCGAAAGGCCCGCGAGGAGGCGCAGCGAUCCGCCCACGAGAGGAAGGAGAAGGUUCGGCGCGCUCUAGAAG